AUGCGGCUCAUCACCACUGCUACCCUCUUGGCAGCUAUUUCGGGCUCUGCUUAUGCAGAUGCCGGCAGCGUGUCAGCCGCGCCUUCAGAGGUCGCCGCGAUUCGCUCCUAUUUCUAUGCUGGUGGCGGCUAUGCAGAUGAUGGCGCUGGAGGGCACAUCUUUCGCGAGCAGAUGUAUGUCGAGAGGCUGCAGCCAGCCAAAGGGGUGACUCGGCCUAACCCAAUCGUCUUUAUCCAUGGCCAGGCCCAGACUGGAACUAAUUUCUUGAACAAGCCUGAUGGUGGCCGUGGCUGGGCGUCUCAUUUCUUGGACCAAGGUUAUGAGAUCUACCUCGUGGAUCAGACACUUCGAGCACGCUCUCCAUGGCAGCCUGCUUAUAUGGCGGUUGAGCCGUCGACUUAUUCGGCCGAGAUCAUCGAGCAACGCUUCACCGCCCCUCAGAAUUACAAUCUAUGGCCACAGGCUGCCCUUCAUACGCAGUGGCCGGGCAAUGGCUCUAUGGGCGAUGCCAUCUUCGAUACCUUUUAUAGCUCCAAUGUCCAGUUUAUCAGCAACGCCGCGUAUCAGCAACUUACUGUUCAAAAAGCUGGUGCGGCGUUACUGGACAAGAUUGGAAAGCCCGUGAUUCUUGUUGGGCAUAGUCAGGGCGGCUUAAUGCCCAUUGUCAUUGCCGAUGCUCGUCCCAAGUUCACCAAGGCGCUCAUCCUCUUGGAACCUACUGGACCUCCUUUCCAGGAAGCCAUCUUCAGCGCCACUCCUGCUCGUGCUUGGGGACUGGCUGACAUUCCGCUCACUUAUACACCCCCUGUCAACGUUCCCGCUGUGGAUCUUGUACAAAAGAUAUAUCCUGCGCCUGACAAGAACCAUACCCAAUGCAUCCUCCAGGCUCCUAGUCCCGCGCCACGAAAGCUCACGAAUCUAGCAAGCAAGCCCAUCCUUUUGGUUACUUCUGAGGCGUCGUAUCAUGUGCCCUAUGAUUACUGCACGGUCAAGUACCUCAAACAAGCGGGCUGCAGUCAAACAACCCACCUUGAAUUGCCAAAGGCAGGCAUCCACGGGAAUGGUCACAUGUUCUUCAUGGAGAAGAACAGCGACCAGAUUCAACAGAAAAUCCAGAGUUGGAUUGCUCAUUUGCAUUAA